UUGAGAUUAGAGAAGACGGAAGAGCACCGCGCGAAGCUGGCAUUGGGAUUGUCAGUGAAGUGCUGUUUCCGCAAGUCCCCAGAACUUCAAGUACUGGUUCUCAGAAUUACUUCCACCAUAUCUCAGCUGAUCUCCUUUGCUCUAGCUGAUAGUAUUGGAAACCACGCCAUCUGGGUCGAGAGCGGAUUGAUUUUUAUAGCUUAUCCCGUACCGACGCGGCAUCGGAAAUCUGGUCUUGCUACAUUGCUCUUCGAGAAUAACGCCGUUGCGUUACGCGAACAGCGUCCGAAACUGUUACGUCUCGGUGUCCUCAGUAAGAAUAGCUCUUUUGCCAGAAGGCGUUAAGUUUCGGUGGAGCCUUGAAGCUUCCAUCCAUCCCUUAUCACGUGAUCUGCGCCGUUGUUAAUGAAGCUGGUGUUAUAUUCGAGGCACUACGGUCACGAUCUUAUCCUGUCAACCUUACCGUGUGUCACAAAAUUACGGACGAGGGCUCGUUCGCCGUUUCCAAUGCAGAGCCAGCAUGUCGAAUCAGACCGAUUUACCAAACCGACGCUCCCCGGUCACUCUAAAAAGGGCAGCGGGCCAACCAAUUCAUAUUCCCUAGAAAAGAAAAGGCUGUCGCUUGAUAGACCUGACAAUCUGGUCAAUUCGAGCUUUCCAAUACAUGCAGCUUUUUCCGGUCGGAGUUGCUGAUUCAGCGGAGUUUGCUCCUCUUGAAUAUCUUUCAAUUCGUAUCACAGAGUUUUCCCGCCUAGCGCUUUCACACCCUCGUAUUCGGUAACCGGAAGGAGCUUACCAGAAAGAGCAGGUUCGGUUCAUGGGACUGGGGAGACGACGGGAACAGACUCCCCAAGGAACGCCGCAGGACAAUCCACGCACAGACGUUUGCCAUAAGUUCGCCAAGUCCCAAGGCGUGGCUCCUGUUUCAGCGAAGCCAAGCAGUGUCGCUGGGAUGGAGGGCAAUAAGCCGCAGCGGAAGAAAGCAUCAGCUGCAGCAGCAGCAGCUCCAGCAGCAGCAGCAGCUCCAGCAGCAGCAGUUACAGCAGCAGAAGUCCCUGCAGCAGCCGUUUCUGCAGCAGCAGCAGAGGAUGGGGUGCGACCAACAGCAGCAACGAAGGUUAAUCCUGGUGAAUUGAUAUCGCUGAUUGACGCUGAAGCUCCGCCUACCCCACCACCGUCUCACGGGCACUCUUUCCCAACCGGAGCUGCAGAUUCGCCUGCAACUCCUCUCAGUCUCAAUUCCUCGGCGUCCUCUUCACUAACAUCUUCGUUAACAGCAGGAGGUUUCUCUAUUUCGAUUUCAGAAUCAGAAUCCGGUGCAGGUGCAGCAGCACUGGUUCCGUCGUCAGGUGAUUCAUCCUCGUUAUUGGAUCUCAGCGUGGACGUAUAUGGAGGCAUGGAUCAACUGUACCUCAAGGCGGCUGGCAUGCGCAGUGACUUCACCAUCACGUUUGGCGCUUCAGUUCACUACCAGCUUCACAAGUUCCCCCUCUAUUCCAAGACUGACUAUUUUUCGCAGCAUGCUGUAGAGGAAACGAGCAGCAGGAAGAGUCCAGGUGACCCAGAGAGCUCCACCAAUGGGAAGCGAGCUCGGCUCGACCUCUCUAACCUCCCAGGCGGGAUUGAGACCUUCAAACUCGUGGCGUGUUUCUGCUAUGGCGUUCCCGUUACAAUCACUCCUGCUAAUGUCACAGCUCUCUACUGCGCAGCGAUUUACCUUGAUAUGAGUGAUGACCCCCGUGCUGCCAUGUGUGGUGGGCCCUACGACUGCAACCUGCUCACCCUCGCCUCUCGUCACCUCACCUCCUAUCUCUCCCACCCCCGGGCUGCUCUCACCGUGCUCCAAUCGUGCGAUGCCAGCUCAGCGGUGCGAGCGAAUGCUGAGUCAGCAGGGCUGCUGCAGAGUGCAGUGAACGCAGUGGCUCGAUUGGCUGUGAAAGAAGCGGAAAGGGAUGGCCAUAUGGGCGACGGCACUGAGGAUGCUGCUGGUGGUGGUGGUGGUGCUGCUGCUGCUGCUGCCACCGGGGCUGCUGGUGCUGCCGCUGCAGCUGCUGGAGUCUCGGCUUCUGUUUCUGGUGCAGACAAGGCGAAGGGUGGAGAGAAGGCCAAGGAUAGAGCUCAAGCGGACGCUGAGGUGAAGUCAGAAUCUGCUGCUGGCGCAGGCCCCUUGUGGCUGUCGCCCCAGCUACUGCAGCUGACCCUCCCCACGUUUGUCACGCUGCAUGGUGCAGUGAGGGCCAUGGGUAUGAGCGCGGUGCAUCUGUGUGCUCUGCUGGAGGCCUACUGCAACACGUGGCUUCCCUUCCCUGUGGACGUCACAUCCACGUCAGCAUCACUGUCAGCCACGCCAGCUGACGCCCAGGCAACGUCCACGUGGAAGGAGACUCUAGAAGCAGCGGUUUUGCUGCUGGUCCCGCUCUCUACGCGCCCAGCGGCCUCAGGAGGAACGGUGGCCUCACGAGGCCCAGCAGCCUCAGGAGAUGCCCUGGGGCCGCCUUCCAUGCAGCUGCUGGUGCGCCUGCUGCGGCUGUGCCCUGAAGUGGAUGCCAGUGAAUCCUCCAAAGCGCAGCUGCAGUGCAUGAUCGGCCAUCGCAUCACAGAGUGCGAAGUCGAUCACCUACUUCCUCUCCCUCCCUCGGAGAUCCUCGCUCUCCUUGCUAUAUUCUCAUCUGCUGCUGCCUCAAGCUCUUCCUCUGCUGCUGCAACGAUCCCCACAACCGGUUCUCCUAACACAGUUGGUGAAGGCAGAGAUCCCACCAGUCUCGCUCAAGCUGCGUCCCUUGUUGACACUUACUUAAAGGUCGUAUCUACCUCCCCCAGCGCCACCGCUAUGCUUCCUGACUCCUUCGUCUCCCUUGCAACAGCACUGCCCCUUUCCUGCCGUCCAUCACACGAUGCUCUGUAUGAAGCAGUGGCAGCUUAUGUUGCAGCCAGAGGGUGGGGGGUGGGGUCUGGGAAGGCAGGGGGAGAGGGGAUUGGAGGUGGGGGGAGAGGAGGAGAUGAGGUGAAGCUGCUGGUAGGACUGAUUCAGCCAGAGAAGCUUUCAGAGCCUGUGGCUGAUAUUGCUUCGUCGACCUCCCUUUGGCCACCCUCCUUCACUGUAGCAGUGCUGACGUGGCAGAAGCAGCUGCUAGCACGCCAGGCACAGCAGCUGGUAUCACGGGGCAGAGCGCUGCAGCAGCAGAGGGAGCAGGCCGAGAGGGAGAGGGAGCAGCUUCGGGGGGAGGAGCAGCAGGUGCAGGGGGAGGUGGAGGAGGAGGAGGUUAAGGCUGUAGAUGUGAGGGCGGAUAUAAGGCAGGAGACUCAUGGGCUCACUCAGGCCCUGGUGCAGGUGAGAUCAAGCAUAUCUGACUUGGAACGCGAUGUGGCUGCAGCACUUGAAUCAAAAGCUCGCCCAAAGAAGCCAACCAGUUUUUUCCGAAGGCUAUUUCAACGGUCUACCCAACGAGCUCGUUAGGAACCCAGAAGACAUAAAAUCUGUGGAGCGUUUUGCUGGUUUCCGCAGGAUUUGAAUCAAGAGAUGUUUGAUUAAUAUGUACAUAUUGUAGGACAUGAGUGCACACCA